GAAAGUAUCAACGGAAGACCGCCCAGCAAGCGUGGAAUGAAGUUUCCAUGAGAAAGGCCAUCGAAGCUGUAAAGAAAAAGGAAUUGACGGUUAGCUCGGCAACAAAAAUGUUCAAUGUUCCUCGCACGACACUUCGGCGACGGCUGAAGGUCGCUGCCAACGGAGAUGUCGACCAAGCAGCAAAGAAAGGCUUAGGCCGUUUCAAAUCUGUUUUUACCGCUGAGCAGGAAAAAGAUCUCAUGGACCACUUACUACACCUCGAGUCAAUGAUGUUCGGCCUCUCGCUGAGGGAUUUACAGAAGCUUGCGUUCGAGUUUGCAGAAAGAAACAAUAUAGACCACCCGUUUUGCAAACAGUCAAAAUUGGCCGGACAAGCCUGGGCGCAGGGCUUUUUUGAGAGGAACCCUCAGAUCACUUUGCGAACCCCGGAAGCGACGAGCGCCGCCAGGGCAGCUGGUUUCAACCGAGUGACAGUUGGGGCCUUCUUUGAUAACUUAGAGUCCGUUUUAGACAAGCACAAGCUUGGUCCCACGAAAAUUUACAAUGUUGACGAGACGGCAUUCUGCACUGUAUCAACCAAACAAGGGAAGGUCGUGGCUCAGAAAGGAAAAAAGCAGGUGGGCCAGCUGACUUCAGCGGAGAGGGGGACACUGGUGACAGGCGUCAUGUGCUUCAGCGCUGCUGGGCACUACGUCCCCCCAGCCGUAAUAUUCCCGCGGAGGCGAUCGAGGCAGCAGCUUGAGAAAGGUCUGCCUCCUGGAUACCUGGCUCUCUAUCACCCUUCUGGAUGGAUGCAGAUGGAUCUUUUCAUCGAGUGGCUCAAACACUUCAUCGCAUGCACCCAUCCAUCCAAAGAUGAUCCUGUUCUUCUCAUUCUAGACGGCCAUACUAGCCACACGAAGAGCAUUGAAGCCAUCGAGCUCUGUCGGGAGGCAGGGGUUGUGAUGCUCACCAUUCCUCCCCACACAUCACACCGCCUGCAGCCGCUAGAUCGUACUCUGAUGCUGCCGCUGAGCACGUACUUCGGAGAACAACAGAGGACAUGGCUGAGGAACAAUCCUGGAAAGGUCAUAACCCUGUACGAGAUGGGGGAGCUGAUCGGAGCUGCCUACACACGGGCAGCGACGAUGACGUCAGCCGUCAAGGGGUUCGCUGUCACAGGAAUCUACCCGACAAGUCGACAUGUGUUCGGAGAUGACGACUUCAUGGCAGCACAGACCACAGAACGGCCAGCACCUCAAGUCCCGGAUCACGCAGAACAGAAUACCACAGCGGGCUGCAAUCAAGAUCAGGCUUCAGACACGGGUGAAGCUGUGGAGGCGUCGCAGGUUCGACCUGUCGGAAUCGAAGCAGCUCUGGAACAAGAAGCAGUCGAACCAGUAGAACAGACGGAAGAACCUGUGACGGAACCUGUGGAGGAGCCAAAGUCACUGUACUCGCCACCAGCAGCCAUAAUUCCAUUGCCGCAGGUGGACCAAAAUUCAAAUAUAAGAAAAAAAGGUCGAAAGAAGGGGAAAACAUGUGUGCUAACCGAUUCUCCGUACAAAAAUGAGCUAGAAGAAGACAUCAGAAACAGAACAAAGACGCGACAGUCAGCAGGGGACAAGAAGAACACUGUCAGAAAGGCACCGAGGCCGAACAGUGAAUCCUUGGCUGGGUGUUCUACAUCACAGAAGAGAACGACUGACGGAGAGGAGCCUAAAAAGAAGAGAAAGGCUCGAAAAAGUGCGAAAUGAGCACGGACGACACAGCGAAGAUGAGCCGAUUUAGUUUGUCUGUAUUGCGACUCGCCUUUCUCGCAAUCCAAGUCCAAGUAGUGCGAGCGUUGGGGACGUGACGCCUGCAAUAACGUUGAAGAAGACGACACUAACGCGUUUAUCAAUUGCCUGUGUGAUUUCUAACCAUGCGUUGUUUCCACGCUGAGCAAUUGAAUAAUACACGCUAUAGCUGUACCGUCA